AUGGCCGACCUGAAACUGGUGAUUCCAUUAGAAUCUAAUCCUUCUAUAUUCACUGAGCUCUCACACAAGUUGGGCCUCUCUCCGAUAUUACAAUUCCAUGAUGUCUACUCACUAACAGAUCCGGAGCUCUUGUCAUUUUUACCACAGCCAAUAUUUGGCAUUAUUUUAUUAUUCCCAUUGACUCCAAACUACGAGGCGUACAGGAAGGAAAAAGAUUCCCAGUCGGCGACAUACAACAAUGAAAACGGCAAUGUACAUUGGUUCAAACAAACGAUUGGAAACGGUUGUGGAUUGUACGCAUUGUUGCAUUUAUUGACUAAUAUUCUGCCUGAUUUGACAUUGAGUCAUCUGCAAAUAAACGAUUUGGUUUCAAAAAUCCAAGGACGGAACUUAUCCGUAGUUGAAGCAAGCUUAAUUGUGGAACAGUUGGAAAAGAGUAUCAAACUUGAUGAACAGUUUGGUUCCAAAGGACAAACAGAGGCACCUCCACCAGAAGAGGCAGUUGAUCUUCAUUUCAUCAGUUUUAUUAAAGGUAGAGAUAAUCAUUUAUACGAGUUGGACGGCAGAAGAAAUGGGCCUAUAGAUUUGGGUGAAAUCAGCUCCACUGGCAAUGAGAGCAUCAUUAAGGAUCAGAAAUUGAUUGACAAGAUUCAAUUUUACAUCGACAAUGCCGACGAAAAGAAUAAGCAUAAUUUUGCCUUAAUGGCGCUAGGACCAACAUUAGAUUAG